AUAUACGUGAGAUGAGCAGCAGUGCGAGUACAACCUCAAGUGGCAACUCAACGAUUAUUCAUGAAGAAUUCGAUGAGAAACCCACUUCCAACUUCUCAUGGCCUCCUGGACAAGCAUUUCCUUUUGAACCAUUGCCACCAUAUCCAGCAGGUCCAAAUCUCUCAAAAAUCCGCUACCCCCGUGAAGUGACCUGUCCCCGUUACGUAUGUCCACACUGUGACGAACAAUUCCUAUUCCACUCAACAAACGGACUCCUCACUUGCCCAUUUUGCUACACAUCAAUUGCAAUUGGCACUUAUAAUCGCAAACAAAUGUACCUGAACUUCGUUGUCGGCACAAUUGUUCUCAUUAUUUCCAUGGUAAUGACAAUCCUCGUAUUCACAAUUGCAAAGGAUCAAGUCUAUCUUUCGAUUCCAGCAAUAAUGCUAUUCUUUGGAGCAAUCAUUUUCUUCACAAAAGCUCUGCAGUCGAAAGAUAGUUACGAAGAAGCAAAGAUUUUGAUUGAAGAUAUGGACGUUUAAAGAAACCUGAAAUAUUUUUAUUGAAGUUCCACAGUGUAUUUUCGAAACAUUUAUUAGAACUUAAAUAAGCUCUAAAAAUUACAAUGCAUCAAAAAUUCGCAAACUUCCCAUAAACAUUUCCAACACUUUUUGUUCCAGCCAGCCUAUUUUUUGCGAUCUCUUGUUUUAUUUAUUGUGCCCUUUUUCCGCCUGAAGCAUCGUGUCCAUUUUUCGCUUGUAUUUCUUUGCUAAAACUUGUCGUUUCCUUUUUUAAAGGACUCCCCCUACUUAUUCUGCUCCCAUUCCUGGUGCUAUUUCAUAUGACAAUGUCUGUUUUUGCCCAUUUAUCACGGCGUAUCUUUUUUUUUUUUCGUUUUUUCCUUGUUGUUUGUUAGUUAUUUAGUUUCAAAUGUUUUAAAGUUUUAUUGAAAAGGAAAAACUGAAAAAUUAUAAAUACAAAUUAAUAACUGCAAA